AUGUCGUUGGCGAUGAACGUCAGUCGACUCGGCGAAGCACCACCUCUCUAUUCCCAGCAGCUCGCCGACUCUGCCUUUGGACGAUACAACCAGAAAGACCGCCAGCCUUGUGCGCUAUCACCUUAUCGCGCGGCUAAACUGCCAGAUCAAGCCCCGUUUCCAUUUCGAGUAAGCUCUCGGACGAAACUCGUCGAGCUCGCACUCAAUAUCGACCCGAUGACCAACACUGUCAAGAAUCCAAGCGAGCGUGUAUCUCUGAACGGCCGACCUCACACUGAAGAUGCGGUCGGACAUUUGCACCUCGCCUUCACGCUGAUCCUUCAAGACCGCAUCGUCCAUCACUACCGUCGAUACCUGAGCCGCAGCAUCGCUCGCUCGACAGCCAUGCGACCGCUUUGGCUUUCACAUCCGGCUGUCACAACGGCGCUGCUAUUGGCGGUCGCAUCAGCCGUCACGAUCGAGCCCUCCAAGGACGCUCCUCUUCCGUCUCGAAGCGUCUCAGCAACGCGCUUACGCCACUGCCUCGACCAAGCAGGCAUCGAGGUCAUUGCUCCCGACACCAGCCCGGCUGACGUAUACUUCCAAGCGUCUGCUUCAGACAACGUUGUCUUUCACUACAAUCCAGCCCUGAUCACCUACCCGAACUCAGCAUCCGAUGUGCAGCGAGCCGUUCAGUGUGUCUCUGAUCACUCUGAUGCCCCCAUUGCUGCUCGAAGUGGCGGCCACUCCUUUGCAGGUUUCGGCAGCGGCGGUAAGGACGGAUCGGUGAUCAUAGAUCUCGCCCGUCUCAAUUCGGUCGUCUCGCACCCGAAGGAAUCCACAGUCGAGAUUGGACCCGGUGCUCGGCUCGGAGAUGUUGUGAAAGGUCUGUGGCAACAAGGCGAUGCUCGUCGUGCCAUGUCCACGGGUACCUGCGCUGCUGUCGGCGUCGGUGGCUUGAGCCUUUGCGGCGGUUUCGGACCGAUGUCGAGAAAGUGGGGCCUCACAACCGACAACAUCCUCGAGGCCGAUAUCGUGUUGGCCAAUGGGUCCCUCGUCACCGUCUCGGAACACAAUUACCCUGACCUCAUUUGGGCGAUACGUGGGAGCGGCUCCUUCUUUGGCGUUGUCACUCGUUUCCUGUUUCGAUCGUACGACGCUUCGCAUCCCGUCAUUUCCUUCGAAUAUCACUGGGCACCGUCCAUCGACAACGUAGACAAGGUCCUUGCAGUGAUAUCAGCCGUCCAAGCCUUUGCUUUACAACCAGCCCUUUCGAACGACCUCGGCCUUCACAUACAGCUACGCAAGCCUUCUCAGAGCGACCCACAACCAUCACAGAAUCGCCCGCUUUCGAUCGAGGUGAAAGGCAUCUUCCUCGGUGCCACAGCGCAGUGGAAUGAGCUUCAAGCGAGGUUGAAAAAGGAGCUUCAAGCUCACUCUGCCCCGCCGUCGGAUUCGGAAACGGUCACGUCCCGAAACUACCUCGAGCUCAUGCAAGACUGGGAUGAUUUCGGCAAGGGCGAGCAUAAGCUCGAUACGCAAGCCAUUCACAAGCAGCACAACAAUUUUGUCACAAAGUCGUCGCUCACAUUGAGACGCAACCAGGGCUUUGACAAGCAAGCGCUACGACCUCUCUUGGAUUACAUCUGGGACACCAGCUUAGGCGCAGGUCUCGACGUCGAGCUGCCAGACGGCAAGCACGCAUUUUGGGCCUGGAACAUUUACUUUGAGCUGUUUGGAGGCGGCAGCCCGGCUCACUCCCAGGAUUCUGCAAAGAAGCUCAGCAGCUUUCCGCACCGCGAUGGUCUCUGGCUCAUCCAAACCGCUGUAGGCACAGCGGCGCACAUGGAUCUCGCUCGUUCAGGGCAUCUCUACGCACGCGAGCUUGAUGCCCGAAUCAACCGUGCCAUCGAGUCAUCUGGUCUCGGCAGAGGCGGUUACUCCUGCUACGUAGACUCGGAACUCACAGAGCAGGAAUGGACAUCGAUGUACUAUGGCUCUUCGAUCCCACGUCUUGAGGACAUCAAGAUGCAAGUUGAUCCGGACAAUCUCUUCCGCAAUCCACAGACGCUGGGCAGUCGCAAAGAAAUUGAAGCAAGACGACGUGCGACAAAAUAG